AUAAGAUCUUUAAGAACGGACACGCAGAAGUUGCUCCACCCUUACAACCAGAAGAAGAGUGCUGGUACCUACCUCACUUUGUAAUAUACCAUCCACAGAAACCUGGUCAAAUAAGGGUGGUAUUUGACUCCAGUGCCCAACAUUGUGGCAUGUCCCUUAAUGAUGUCCUCCUCACUGGCCCUAACAUGAACAACAGUCUGCUUUGGGUAUUACUGCGAUUCAGGAAGGAGCAGGUCGCCGUCACGACUGACAUAGAGCAGAUGUUUCAUUGCUUUGUGGUUUGUCAGGAUCAUCGCAACUUUCUUCGCUUCCUCUGGUACCGCAACAACGACCUGGAUGGUGAUGUAGUGGAGUACAGAAUGCGGGUUCACAUCUUCGGUAACAGCCCAUCUCCAUCAGUUGCCAUGUACGGGCUCAGAAGAGCUGCCAUAGAGAGAGAGAGAGAGAAUACGGAGCACGGGCAAGACAGUUCGUCGAGCGGAACUUUUAUGUGGAUGACGGACUGGUGUCCCUUCCCAGUGAGCAAGAAGCCAUCACCCUUCUUCGAGACACUCAAGAAAUGUUGGCUCUCUCCAAUCUUCGUCUUCAUAAAAUAUCUUCCAACAGGGUAGAUGUGAUGAAGGCUUUUCCUCAAGAAGAUCUGGCGAAGGGGCUGAAAGACCUGGAUCUCAAUACAGACCCACCUCCUAUGCAAAGAAGUCUCGGAGUUAGCUGGGAUGUUGCAGGAGAUGUGUUUACCUUUCAAGUGUCGACGGAAGAGAAGCCCUACACAAAACGUGGGGUUCUGUCGACCAUCAACAGUUUGUUCGAUCCGCUGGGAUUUGCUUCUCCUGUCAGUAUUCAGGGAAGGUUUCUACUGAGGGAGCUGAUAAAUUUCAAGACUGGAAACUGUGGAGGGACUCACUGAAGGAGAUCGAACAGAUAAAAAUCCCUCGGCAGUACACCACCAUAUCUCUAAGCCAAGCUCAAAGCAAAGAGCUAUGUGUUUUCUGUGAUGCCUCCAUAACUGCAGUCGCUGCCGUAGCCUACUUACGAGCAACCAAUGCAAAGGGGAAGACAGAGGUUGGCUUUGUGUUUGGCAAGGCCAAACUGGCUCCACGUCCUGAGUUAACCAUCCCAAGGCUUGAGCUGUGUGCUGCUGUUUUAGCAGUAGAAAUAGCAGAAGCAGUGGUGGAUGAGCUGGACGUCAAAUUCAAUGCCAUUACAUUCUACUCUGACAGUAGAGUGGUUUUGGGUUACAUCCACAAUGAGACGAGACGAUUUUAUGUGUAUGUACAUAACAGAGUACAACGCAUAAGGAGAACCACCAGUCCAGAGCAAUGGAAAUAUGUCCCAACUAACCAGAACCCGGCUGAUCAUGGCUCAAGGGUGGUUGCAGCAGGCACUCUGCUACAAACAACAUGGUUGUCAGGACCUGCAUUCCUGUUGAAAGGAACUGAACUGGAAACUUCCCCUCCGUCCUUUGACUUGGUUGAACCUAGCUCUGAUGUUGACAUCCGCCCACAGAUUACAUGUCUUACCACCAAGGCUACCACAGAUGGUCUGGACAUCAAGCGCUUUGAGAGAUUCUCCAGCUGGCGAUCACUCACUUGUGCAAUUGCAAGGCUUCAGCAUGUUGCCAGUUCCUUCAAGAAAGACAGCAACUGUAAAGGAAGGCACAUUCAUGAAGGGCCCUGUCCAAAGGAAGAUUUGGACAAAGUGAAGACCAUCAUCGUUGGUAGUCUGCAACAAAUCGCUUUUACAGAAGAACUGGAAUGUGCUAAGAAAGGAAUGGAUAUUCGUAAACAAAGCCCACUGUACAACCUGUGUCCUUAUAUCGACAGUCCUGACCUUCUCAGGAUUGGCGGACGCCUUUCCAAUGCUAGCCUUGGUGAAAAUGAGAUUUGUCCUCUGAUUCUCCCUGGACAGAACCACAUCACAACUCUAUUAAUCCAACACUAUCAUGGACAGGUCCACCAUCAAGGGCGUCAUAACACUGAGGGUGCCUUAAGAGCUGCUGGUCUGCGGAUUAUUGGAGGGAAACGCCGUGUCAGUAGCAUUCUGCAUCAUUGCGUUACAUGCAGAAGACUUAGAGGGGUUGUAGAGACUCAGAAAAUGUCCGAUCUACCUGUUGACCGACUCAGUACCGACCCACCUUUCUCCUUUGUUGGUCUGGAUGUCUUUGGACCUUGGAUGGUCGUGGCACAGCGGACUAGAGGAGGAGUGGCCAGCAACAAACGGUGGGCAGUGCUUUUUACAUGUAUGAGCACAAGAGCCAUAAAUAUUGAAGUCAUAGAGUCUAUGGACUCCUCGAGCUUCAUAAAUGCUCUGCAACAGUUCUUCUCCAUCAGAGGACCAGCCAAGCAGAUACGAUCUGACUGUGGAGGAAAUUUUGUUGGUGCUUGCAAAGAGCUGCAGAUAGAAACAGUAGUCACCAACAAAGAAACACAGGGAUAUUUAAGCGACAGCGGAUGUAAAUGGGUCUUCAAUCCACCACACUCAUCACAUAUGGGAGGCAGUUGGGAGCGUCUUAUUGGGCUCACAAGACGCAUCCUGGACUCCAUGCUGUUAAAACUUGGCCCGUCAAAGCUUACCCAUGAAGUCUUGACUACAUUCAUGGCAGAAGUAUCGGCUAUAGUGAAUGCUCGCCCUUUGGUCCCUGUAUCCACUGAUCCAGACAACCCACUUAUCCUGACACCGGCAACACUCCUGACUCAAAAGAUCAGUGCACUUCCUCCCCCAAAAGGAGAGUUUGAUGGCGACAAUCUCUAUGGCAAGCAGUGGAGGCAAGUUCAAGGUCUGGCCAACACCUUUUGGCAUCGCUGGAGGACAGAGUACCUACCCUCUCUGCAAAAACGGAGAAAAUGGCAAAAGGAAAUGCAUAAUCUUCAAGCUGGAGACAUUGUAAUACUCAAAGACAAGCAGGUAAAACGAAACUAUUGGCCCCUUGGUAUUGUGGUCAAGACAUUCCCCAGCACAGAUGGCAAGGUGAGGAAGGUUGAAAUCAAGACAGCAAACGAUGGUUCAUUCAAGACCUUUCUACGCCCUGUCUCAGAGACUGUUCUACUCCUCUCCCCAGAGACAUUGUAGUUGGUUUGUGUUAGUGUGCAUUGUACAGUUGUGGUAGCAUCCUUUUAGAUACCAGGCGGGGAGUGUUCUGGCCUAAGCAAGGAGCUGUAGGUCACCUUGCAGCCACUAGAGGGUGCUACAUUUGUUGUUGAGUUUUUUGGACCUCAUGGCUCUCUGUAGGAGGCCAUUUUGGGUUUCUCAUUCAUUGAUAAGAGCAUGUUGUGGACACUUGCCUUAUGAAGGAUCUAAAUCCAUCCUGGACUAGGAAGGAAUCGUAUAAUCAUUGUCUGUGAGUAAAGUGUGAUUAAGAUGUUUCUUUUCACAACCAUGCUUUCAUUUUACGCAGAUGGCUAUGUUAGACCAUGAUUUUUGUGUUCUGCAGUAUACCUUGUUCGCUAGUUUUCGGUCAGAUAUAUUUUCAGUCACAUACUGUUAAUUUGAUUGACAUUAACAAGCAUGUUAUACUACACAGAUAUGUUUAUUGAUCGUGUAUCAUAACUGAUUGUUUCUUUUUACUUUAUUACAGUUUUACUCCAUUUUGCAUUCUGUCAAUGAAUAACGGUGGCACACAAAUAAAUCAACAUUUAUUGACUACGGAAUGUGGAAGGAGUUAUCUGUCUGCCUAGUUGAGGAAGGGGACUCUUUAAUGAGGGCGGAACACCUACCUUAGAGACCAGAAAAUAACCAGACUUGUUUGAAUAUUUAAAAUUAUAAAUAAAAUGCUGUGACUAAAUCCACAGAAAACUACAGUCCCAGUGAUUAAUAAGUAUCAAGGAGCCACGGCUAGUAGUUUCUCACAGGAAAGAAAUGUAAGAAUAUCAGUAGACUAAUGCAAGAGUAAAUUGGAAGCAACUGGGCUUGCACUUCAACCAAUCCUCAUAGUUUCAUUAUAGCAAAAUACCUACAGUUAGUCUGGCACUAUAGGGAAAUGGAAUUUCGGAUGGAAUUAAGAAAAAUUACCUAAUGGUAGUAUCAGUAUGAAGAGUAUUAUUACAACCCUGCUUCACAGUAUACACAAAAUUUAACCUCUAUUGUGUAGAUUAUCAAAAAUCAAAAAAUGGGAUUCAAACAGGCUAAAAUCCAUCUCUCUCUCUCUCAUCAAUAAUUGAAUAAACAAAAUAAAUAAAGUCACAAUCUCUAGAGGUUCCAUUUGAUUUGACUAAAAUUAAAUGAAUAAGUAGCUAAGUUAGAAAAGAAAGUUAAUUAAUGAGAUGGAAAAGACAAAAGGAAAAGGAAAAACGUUAGCCUAAGUGAUCUGUCAAAAAACGUCAAAACGAACGCUGUCAGGGUUGCUAGGAGACAGAACAGUUAGUGACGCAAGUAGGAAGUCCUCUCAUAGACAAGACCGUCUCAUUUCGGAGAGCGCUCGGAGCCACGUCCUCCGUAGACCAAGAAGACCUUGGCCUUCGAAGGCUGCGGCCGCUGGAAUGGGACACAGCUAUUAAAUCUGUUCCUGGUCCAGAUUUUGUUCCUGGUCCAGGUUGUGGUCCUGGAUCUGGUUUGGGUUGUGAUGGUGCUGUGUUGUUUUGCAGAUGGUGAACCUCCAUAAAGAGGGACUUACUGUUCCGGAGCCUCCAGCAUACGAUGUUAACUGACACAGCGUCACAAACCUGUUUCACGCUGACAUGAGAUUCGACUGCAACGUGAAAUAAAUUUAAUAACUUUAAAACAAAGUGAUUAUAAAAUGUAAAAACUGAAACUUAAACACUGAACUUUGAAUCAAAAUGUUUUCCAGAAUAAACUGUUGAAAUCUGACUCUCAAUAAACUCCUUUCUGCUGACAGA